AUGGUAUAUUCAACUGAAGCAGCCAAGUGGAAAGCUUACCAAUUCAGUGAUCCUUUUGCAGCGGGAUCGUUUUACGUAUGCAACAAAGUUGAUAAAGUUUUUUGUCGUCCCGAUUGUGAUGCUAGACCUAUAACAAAUUUAAAGUCAGAAGUGAAAUUUAUGACACAUCCAUCUGACUGUAUGACUUAUGGCUAUACUCCAUGUGAAUACUGUGAACCAUUAAGCAUUCCAGCUAUUGAUGUGAAUCUUUUAGUAGAAUGUGUCGCCACUAUUAACAAUCAAAUAGGGUUUUUACCUCCAUUAUUGGAUGAUAAUGAGGAAAAUAAUAAUUUAAAAAUCAAAGCUAAUAUUUUAGAAUCCAAGAAGGUGAACGAGGUGAACAUUUUGAAUACAAUUAACAAUGCUGGUGGGAUAACUGGAGGGUUGAGAAAACUGUCUGCUCCUGUCUUUGGCUAUGAUGGUAAAUUUAAUAAAGAUUUCGAACAUACAUCAUUGUCUAAAAAUGACUCUGACCAUUAUAGAUUAGUUGAUUUAGCUUGCAGACAUCUAGCAUUGGCCGCUGCUGUUUCUAUCUUUCAUCCAAAUAUGCUCAAACGUCCAAAUUCACCUGAGAGUGGUAGUCCAACCGAUGAGUCUAAUAGCGGAGCUUCUAACCCAAAGAAGAGAAGAAGGAGAGGAGGUGUGCUUGGUUUUAAAGAGUUGGCUGCUAAGUCAAAGCUUUCAGCAUGGCAUUUCCAUAGGGUAUUUAAGUCUGUAACCGGGCUUACUCCAAAAUCUUAUGGUGACAAAUGUUGGGAAUUUAUUAAGAAAUAUAAAGAAGAUCAUCCAAAUGUCAUGAAUUCGAGUGAUUCACCUUCAUCGACAUCAUCUUUAAAUUCACUGAUCAAAACAACAGCUACUUCUGUAGGUGGAACACCUUAUUACCAAAAGAGAAAAUCUAUCACUUCUUCUCCUGGAUUAAGCUUCCUGGCUCAUAAGAAAAUCAAAUUGGAAGAUAAUCAUACUUCAAGCAAUAUUAACAAUAAUCUUUAUCCUAUCGACAACUUCUCCAUUUCCGGACCAACACAGGCUAGUAGCACUGCUAUGUUCUCUUUUCCAACCAAUGGUACAUUGAGUUCCAUAUCUACUACUCCCGUUGUAGGGUCUACUAUUAUUUCUGAAGAAUUGGCUAAAGUGGAUAGUGACAACUAUCAAGUAAAUGGCCAUUACAACAAUCAACUUUAUUCUUCAGCACCUGACUUGACAAGAUUGCAAAGUUUUCAACAACCAGCAUCUUUAUUCCCUCAAUCUAAAGAAAGCGAUCUGUGCAUGAUGAAUAAUUUGAAUUCAAAUCCAAACCCGAAUCCGAAAAUUUACGCUAAUAGUGUGAAAGGAAAUCUUGAUUAUAGUGACAUUUCUCCUAUUUCGAAUGCAGUCAGUAACAGCAACAUGAAUUACCAAAAUUCAAACAGAAACAUGACAACUCCUUACAAUUUUAACAUUCCAGCAGUUAGUCCAAUGGGUCUUGAUAUACUGGAAAAUAUUAAUAAUUACAAUGAUGUAUUUAACUACACUUUACCAGGUGUUCCAGGUAAUUUAGCAACACUUGGUUUACCAUUAGAAGAGAAUCAUACAGUUUCGCAUUUUGGAAACUCGUUAACCCCAAAUGUUGAAGGAGUUCCAGUUAUAGAUAGUACAUAUGUUGGUGGCGGUUCGUAUACAUUCAGUUUCGAUCAAGGAAAAUGGACUCCAUGA